AUGGAGUAUGACCCUGCUUCGCCAACAGAUGAAAUAGAGGAUUGUUCACCAUCACUAGAUUUGUCAGCUAUCCCAUUGCCAGGGCCCGUUCAUGAAGAUGUUCCAAAAGAUGAAAGCGAUGUCUGUAAUAUCCCACUACCACCUGCUACCAAGGUGGAAGCUUCUGACAUUCCCCUACCUCACUUCAACCAGAAUAUCGAGAAUGUAGAAGAAAAGGGACCACCAUUUUAUCCUAAUUUAUAUUUUAAUUCUCCAAAAACUGAUGCUUCAGAAUCUUUAACGGGACCUCUAAAGUUCAGCAUAAGGAUGUCUGCUAAAUCUCUAUCAGGAUCAGAAGUACCUGUCGAAUCUCCUGGUGUUUUCGAAUCAUCUAAAGAUGUAAAGGUUGAGGAGCCCAAAACCAUGCCUAAACUCCAAGCAAUGAUGAAGCGGUCAAAGCCUUUUCAACUGCCUGUUGGUGUUUUACCUCCUAAAAAUAAACUACCUGCUACUGAGGUAAAAACAGACUUGUUUCUACCAUCUAAGGAGACCGAGACCAUAAGUUCUACUUCAGAUCACUUAAAAAGCGUCCAGCAACUUACUUAUCCAGCAUCUGAAUCUACCGAUCUUCAAAGUAUGGUUUCAGUGAGUGGUGUUGGACAGUUGAAUGCGUCAGGAAUAGUUGAUAAGUCGUUAACACCAACUAAUAACGUUGGAAAUAAGGCUCAAGUUUCCGGAACGAGUACGCUUUCAAAGACACCUCCAAUUCCAAACUUGAUGAGUCUUAAUAUCCAACCAAUCCAUCAUCCCGUACCUAUUGUUGCUACUCGGAACUUGAUUCAUGCGCAUGCAACCGAUCCCACUCUCGUUCAGGCGUCGAUACCCCCAACUGCAGGAAUGCAGUUUGUUAAUCCUCAGAAGUUUCGUUCUGCACAAAUGAUCGCUACUCCACUCAUAGCUAAUCCAGCUGUAGCUAAUCAGUCUCAACAAAAUGAGGAGACACCGAAGGGGAAAAACGGACGCCGGAGGUCAAGAUCACAUUCUCAUAAGCAUUCUAAGUCUCACAGACGUUCACGCUCUAGAAGGUCGAGUGGGCAUCGGCGAUCACGGCGUCGGCACUCCUCUAGCUCAUCAAAUUCACCACACCGCUCUAGUCGUACUCGACAUAGAUCACGUUCUCGUCAGAACUCCAAAGAGCGUCACCGUUCAUCUGCUGAACAUAGUCACACUAAAGCUACGGGAAAGCACUUCAGCGAUCGAAAGAAAUGGUCGAAGGCUCCCGAGAAUGCAGCUAAACGUGAAGAACCAAACAGAAAAGCUAUUAAGUCCCGGGAAAAAGUAGACAAAGAAUCACACUCUACAGAUGAAACAAAACGGUCUCAUCAUCGCUCAGGUACUCCUGAAAAGCGGAAGCGAGAUGAAAAAGAGGGACGUGUGUCAGGUGUCAAAAAAGUUAAAAGCGUCCCGAAAGAUCGCGUCAUUAGAAAAAAAGUAACGCAAAAACCAAACUCUGACAUUAAACGGGAGGAAGUUGAUGGCGUGCAAUAUGUUCAGAUGCAAAAGCUGACUUCAAGGAUUAGUGGCACUCUAGCGGAUGUGUACCGUAAAACACAACCCAAGUUGGGUUACAGACGGCCGUCAGAACAAACUGAUAGUGAUGCUAAUUCUGACAUCAGUUCUAGUUCAUCAUCAAACAGUGAAAACCUGUCUCCUGCAUCUGGAAAAGUUACCCCCCUCAAACACGAACGAACCAGUAACAGUAGCUCGGCUGAUUCAGACUCUAGUCUAGAACUAAGCAGACAUCCUACCAGAGAAUCUAAACGCCAUAGCAGGGAAGCUUUUAAACAAGAACUUCGUGAAAGUAAUAUCAAACCUCAGAAGCAACCGUCGCAAUCUCUUCAUCCUUCCAAAAGUGUGAAUAUAGAUGAAAUACCAUUACCAUCCUCACCUAACAACGCAUCCAAUCAUGCGGAAGUUCAACCGAUGGAUAGCGACUAUAUGGAGCUGGAGUCGAAUGGGGAUUUGGACACGAGCUAUCUAGAUAGUGCUGAAGCCGAUCAAAAUCGGAAGUGUCCUGGGGGUGAGUUAAUCGUCACUGCCAAUCAUGUCCUUGAGUGCAUCGCCUCGGUUCGCGACCCACUUUCUCGUGCUUCAAGUGAAACUAGCUCCAUCAACAAGAUAUCUUCCCAGCCUCUGGAUUCGCAAGGUGUUCAGAAAAUGUUUGAAGAGGCUGAUGGCAAUCAGUCACAGCGUAGUAGAGACCCGGCUAUGUUAGAUAUCCAGUGUUCUGAAGAUGUAGUUGAACACCUAGAUGCUUCACCACUAACAGUUAUCGGUGUACAAAGUACUAAGCCAUGUGAACCGAAAUAUGAUCUACGGAAGAGGAAGAUUAAGCCACACAUCCCAAUCUAUUCCUUUCUUUCCAGCACUCUCAAUACGUAUGAAAGGUUAUCUGACUGUGGUAAUCUAAACAGCAUCUUCUCAUCGUACCCUGAAGCACCUACUCCACAAUACACUCACCUGUUGAACAACGACUACAGUCUCUUGAAUUCACUUCAUUCAUCCUCUAUGAACAAACCAAAUUGUGCAGGAAGUGGGAAGCUUCUUGGGACUUCUGGAUUACGUGCUAGUUCACUGCACUUUGAAAUGAGACAGUGGGUUUGUGAUUGCAGCGCCCCUACUGCAGAAGAACUUGAUCUGGGCAUACUUGCUUGCGGUCCAGGCUGCAUUAAUCGUGCUUUAAAUAUCGAGUGUGGACCACAGUGUGCAGCUGGUGAUUUCUGCAGUAACCGUCAGUUCCAAAUGCGACUUUAUGCACCAACCAAACCCUUUUACGCAGGUAAAGAUAAAGGUUGGGGGCUGAUGACUACGGACAACGUUGAACGAGGGUCUUUUAUAGUCGAAUAUGUGGGGGAAGUGAUCGACUUUUCUGAGUUCCGUCGUCGUAUUCGGCGAUAUGAACGUCUGGGUCAUGCUCAUCACUACUUUAUGGCUGUGGAAUCAGAUAGAUUUAUUGAUGCUGGUAGUAAAGGCAAUUGGGCAAGAUUUGUCAACCAUUCAUGCGAGCCAAACUGUGUUACACAGAAGUGGAGUGUGGAUGGGGAAAUCCGUAUUGGCUUUUUUGCCAAAGAAGAUAUUCCUGCUGGUCAAGAAGUAACUAUCGAUUACCAGUUCGUUCAGUAUGGGGUUUCUGAACAGAAGUGUUAUUGUGGUACUGCAGCCUGCUCAGGUAUAAUGGGUGCAACUAGCAAAUACUUACAAGAAAAGGUUCGCAUGAAGGAUACAGCCAUGGUUGAGAGACGUAUUCUACAGCUGCUUCAGUUAGAUUCCUUCAGACAUGCCGAAGAUAUAACUCUGUUAUUACAAGUAAUGGUUCAAGAAUGUCUUACCAGGUAUACCCGACUAGAACUCCUCAGUCGUCUCAUCAAGACGGAGCACGAUGCUUGUCUCAAGCUCUUUCGACAAUACAAUGGCCUUGAUAUGUUAGCCGCCUUCAUGUAUGAUGCAGCACCAAAAGACUGGCAGCUUAAAAAGCAAAUAUUGAUCUGCUUGAAUCAUAUCCCUGUUUCUGAGCAAAAGCAAGUACAGUCAAAUUCAGGCCUCAUGGAAAUAGUUUCACAGUGGACUUCUAACCCUCAGCACUGUCGGCCACGUGUUAUUCCUCCCGAGCCAUGGAAAAGUGCUGGUGCUGUUACAACAGACUCUCCAAGUGUUGCACUUGUUAGACUGUCAGCUGAGGAACUUCCUGUUGAUUUGAAUUUCGAUUCCGACGAGACAAAAUCAGCCUCAAAAAGUACAAAAGACAACGAAUCAUGUUCCGUACAAACAGGUGACAAAAUAGAGAACCCAUCGUAUAUAUCAGAGGUUUCGAUGCUUCCGGAUUACACACAAGAAGAACACUGUAAUUUCAACAUGCACAUCGACACUUCGGAUUGUGAUAUAUCUCCUGAAACUCUUGUUGAUAAUGACGCUGGCGAAAUCGAAAGUGUUUGCACGUCAGAUAAUAAUGAAUUAAAUGUGGCUACUGAAUUGUGUGAGGGUAAAACAGAUAAUGAAUGGAUAGAAGAAAUCAAAACGUUGGCAUGUGAUUUACUUGAGAAAUGGUCGAAAUUACCGAAGGAAAACUACCGAAUACCUCGACUGGAGCGUCAAGAAACCGAGAAAAUGCUUCAUAUAUCGUAUCCAAUCGGUUCUACUCUUAUAUCUUGGGGAUCAGAAUACAAAGAUGAUCAGUCAAUUUCCAGUAAAUCGUGGACUCAGGAUAACGGUAGUAGAUUCCAGUCAAACAAAGUUUUGCGUGAUAAACUCACAACUGUUCGGGAUCAAAUAUGUCCAAAGCCUUCGAACAGCGCCUCAAUUUUGUCCAAAGCCGAGAGGCGUAUGCUUUUCGAAGCUCAAGUUAAAGCUAAUGAAAAGCAGUGCACAACUGAAAACUGUGUGGAAAUGUUAGAUGAUUCUGGUCAACCACAACCUCUUAGUGAUGAAAAAGACGUAGAUCAUCUUCGUCAGCUUCUACUGUGUGCACUUUUGAGUGAAUGUGGUCCUGGGAAAACUGCCUUAUCGAACCUUUUAUCUGACACAACAGAAAAGCUGAAAAGUAUGCCCGUUGUAGCUGCUUUGUUAAAGGCUUUGCCUUGUAUGCUAAGUUUACUCUCAAGUUCGAAGGAUUCAGAUUUGUUUACACGUCUCUGUGAAGAAUUAAAACGAUAUUCUGCGAAUGAUUUGAAUUCGUUACCCCCGGGUUGGAAAUCGGCUGCUGAUUCAAAUGGACGGUUAUAUUACUACAAUAAGGAAACUAAAAGUGUCCAAUGGGAAAAACCACUAAUAAACGGGAAGAAAAACCAAGAGAAAACUUCUCCAAGUGAAGAGGAAUAUGAACAAAUCAAAAGACAAUUUACUCACGAGGUUGGAAAUUAUAUCCUGCGUCUUCUUAAACCGUAUCGAUUGCCCAAUUGCCUAACUGGUCGCAUUGAUUCGAGUGAAGAUUUUCUGCAUGUAACAAAAAAAUUUACUCACUCAUUUGUAUCAAAAGAGUUGAAACGUUCCUCAAUCACAUCACCGCCUAUAUUUUCUCAGGCUCUUCAGGAGCAUAUACGUUCAAAUGUUACACGAUAUAUGACCUCGCGUGGACCAGAUACAGAAAAGAAGAUCAAACCUAAGAAAAAUUAUGUUCAUUUGUGGUUUACGGUUGUUGUUUACUCAAUAACUCUCAAUAAAUCGAACGUUUAA